AUGUCAAAUCCACUAUCACCCCUUUCACCCUCCUACCAAAAUUCACGAGCCCGGUCAUCUCCCAAGAUGGGCUCAUCACCUUUCCUCACAGAACCCUCGGCCUUGGCCCCGGCCCCGGACGCUACAAUUCCUUCAAGUCCACUGAAACAAACCUGGACCGAUCGCAACACACAAAGCCCAAACCCAAAGCUAAACUACUCCUACCCGAAUGAGAGCGAGAACGAAGAAAACUUCCACCCUGACGACUUUCACGCGAAUAAUGACUACCAUGACCGCGACGACUUCCAAGAGCAGGAACUGGAACUGGAGUCGGAGCUGGAACCUGCUAGCUCGCCCUUCCGGCCUGAUGCCCGCGAAGACACGGUUGAUUUUCAAAAGUUACGCGAAUAUCAACAUCAACAGCAACAAGUGACAGCAACAGCAACGACGCCACGGCAUAGAUUUGGCCUCGCGCAACCGGAGGAUCCAAUGAGUUCUCCCUUCCGACCCGAUGCGCAGGACGAAAACGAUCACGAAGACGAAGACGGAACGGUGGACUUCCAAAAACUACGCGAAGAGCAUCCUUUAUCACCGGGUCUGGACAAGAGACUUGCCGUUAACGAUCCGGCUAGCUCGCCGUUCCGACCUGAUGUGCGGGAUGAAUAUGAGGAUGAGACGGUUGGCGCUGACGCUGACGCUAACUACCGACAAUUGAGAGACGUUGAGCCCUUGUCGCCAGGCCUGGAAAAUAGAUUUGCGGUUGAAGAUCCUGCUAGUUCACCUUUUCGACCUGAUGCGCGAGAUGAAACUGUUGGUUUUGAGAAAUUGCGUCAAAUGCAGCGUCUUUCGCCUGACGUUGGAGAACAAUUACAACCGGAGAGCUCGCCGUUUAGAGCGGAUUUGCAGGAAGACGGGUUUGAGGUUGCUGAUUUUGAUGAGCGGGAAUAUGAUCUUCACCAGGAUUCGCGCCGGUCUAUCGGUCGUGUUCAACAAUCACUAUCACCUUCUCCAACUCCCGCUGAUGCGUAUGACUCUCCGGUUCAGUUGGAUGCACAGAAUGAUGCACAGGAGAAUGAUGCCGAGCCCGAGGAGCGCUCUCGCGAAUCGCUACGAGAGUCGAUCGGGGAGAUCAAGCAACACUCGCCAGUCCGGCGCAAUGUGAAAGAUGAUUCAAAUCAAGGUCUUGCCGAUUCGGAAGAGCUGCACGAAGCUCCUCGCCCUCGCGAAUCAAUUGGACGCGUCGAGAACUCCCCUCCAGUUCCAGCCGCCGCACGCUCCUCACUGUCUAAACAAAGAUCCCCCGAGGAGCCGCUUGAGGCGCAGAAGCUUCGUUCGUCGCGCCGUUCACUACACCGUACUUCGCUUGGCCUUGAAGGGCGACAAUCAUUUGCAGCUACUCCUCGUAAGCGAUCUUUCGACGAGACCCCGCGAGGCCAGGAAGAAGCGCAAGCCCAGGAGUCAUGCAAGAAGGGCAUGGUCAGCCGGUCAGAGGUACCGGAUAUUCACAUUGAUCUCGAUGAAGAAUCUAGCGUCAUUCAUAACGAGAGUCUGUUGUCAAUGACAAGCGCUACACGAGACCAGUCUACUAUCGCAAACAGCAUGAUGGAAGAUAGACGCAACGAGGGCAUGUCAACGUUUCUCCAAGAUGAAAACGCUGGUGCGGACGAAAAUUCCGCGCUGGGAGAUGAUUGUCACGACUCUAUGGAUGACACCGGCUUGAGUAACUUCUCGGUUCUGCCCGACAUGACUUCCUUCGCAAAGCUAAGAGCCGAUUCACCUCUCAAGUCGAUGCGCGGCAGCAUCGGACACACUCAAUCUCAGAGAAACGAGAUGUAUCGACAGAGUGCCGGACCCUCUACUCCCGGUACUGCUCGACGACCCUACAACAGGGCGAGUGCUCUGCUUGAUACCGGAUCCCCCGCUGGAUCGCCCACCCCCAGACGUCGGCCGUCUCGCGAUUUUGAGAACUCCCGCGCAGCGCCCAAUUUGCUUGAUUUUGGCGAUUCGGUGAACUUCUUUCCCCAUCAGUCCGUACAACAAGGUGGUCGCUAUUCCCCAUCUCGACGCUCGCCGAUGAGGCCCAUGCGACAAUCUAUCCGAUCUCCAUCUAAAUUCUCCUCACUGCUGGACCUGGACUAUGAAAUGGCACCAGCGCCGACGCCCCGCUCCCUUCCGAGCAUCACCCCACGAGAGCUGGAGUCUCUCAAAUCUGGAUUCAUGUCAGAAAUCUCCUCGCUGAAAGCUACUCUGAGCGGCAAAGAUGCUGAAGUUGCCAGUUUGAAGACAGCUAUCUCAGAUGCCGAGCGGCGUGUCGGCGAAGCAUUGGAGGAAGUUCGUAAUGAGGCCGGUCGCAGGGAAGCUCUGGAGAUGGAGCAGGCUGAAUGGGACCGCCGAGGAAACGAAAUGGAAAGCGUUUUACGUUCAGUUCGGUCUGAACUAGUUGACGGCGAACACGAGCGCGAACGUUUAGCUCGAAGAGCUGACGAAGCGGAUAAAGGCAAAGAACAGCUAGAAGGCCGGGUUGUUGAACUUGAAAGCCAACUCUCUGCCGCGCGUUCUGCGAUAUCUUCAGGAUCGAAUACCUCUUCCAGCUCCCGCCAGGUCUCUCAAUCGACAGAAGCUACUGCUCGGGAAGUGCAGGAUGCCGUGGAAAAGGUUGCUCGUGAGCUUCACACCCUGUACAAGGGCAAGCACGAGACCAAGGUCGCAGCACUGAAAAAGAGCUACGAGUCUCGCUGGGAAAAGCGCCUGCGUGAAGUGGAGAAGAAACUCGCUGCUGCAAAUGAAGAACAGGAUCGUCUACGGGGUGAACUUGAUACUGCUCAAAACGACAAUAUGGUCAACGCCAACGCCAGCAUGAUCGCCCGUGAAUUCGACGAGUACGAUGCUGAGAAGCGUGUCUUCGAGGCUCAGAUCGAGGGUCUGCAGCACGAAAUGGCUUCACUGAAGGAGGACAGCGAACGCCUUCGCUCUGAUCUUGAAUCCGAGCGCGUUGAGAAGGGUGAACUUGUCGCUGCUGUUGAUGAAUGGCUUGCCAUUCAACAGGCCCAAGCCCAAGCCGCACCUCCUCAACAACGUGAGGAAACUCGCGAGACUCGCGAACCUUCCGUCUCGUCUGCCGGUGGUUAUGGUCAUGGUCAUGGAGAAGAAUAUCUUUCAUCCGCCGAGCCUGCUGAAAAUCCUCGCCGUAGCGUGAGUCGUUCUGGGUCCAGUGGUGUUCGUCCUCCCGUUACCGGUGAGAAGAGAUCGCGAUUCGGUGCGCCGGCUGGCGCUGGCCACUCUCGUGGAAAUAGCGGUGGGAAGUCGGGUAUUGCGAUGUACACUCCUGGUCGUGGUGGGAUUAUGAGUUCGAUUGAGAGGAUGGGUCGUGGUGGUGUUUAA